GAGAUGGCAUUCCUCAGUCAAGCGCAGGCGGCGCCGGCAUGGUUCCUCUCGCUGGCCUUCCUCGGCACCCUUUACGCCGCUGCAUUCUCGUUCCGGCUCCUCGCCCACCUCGCGCUCUGCUUGCGCCGGCCGAAGGACCUCCGGCGCCGCUACGGCGCCUGGGCCGUCGUCACCGGCCCGACGUCCGGCAUCGGCCGGUCCGUCGCCCUGGAGCUCGCCAGCCGGGGGCUCAACCUCGUGCUCGUCGACCUCAACGCCGCCAAUCUCAAGGAAAUCGCUCACACCGUCAGAUCUCGCCACGCCGUGCAGACCAAGACCGUGGUGUUCGAUCUCUCGCUCGUUUCUACUGCCCAAGGUGACGAGGCGAUGCGGCGGCUCCGAGAGGCCGUGGCGGGGCUGGACGUGGGAGUGCUGGUGAACAACGCCGGGGUGGCGAAGCCGGGCGCCGUGUACCUGCACGAGGCCGACGUGGAGGCCUGUGUGAGGAUGAUGCGGGUGAACCUGUGGGCGCUGACGGAGGUGACCGCCGCGGUGCUGCCGGGGAUGCUGGAGCGACGCAGGGGCGCCGUCGUCAACAUGGGCUCAGCCUCGUCGGAGGCCAUCCCCUCCUUCCCCCUCCACACCAUGUACGCUGCCACCAAAAGGUAUGUUGCGCAGUUCUCCAGGAGCCUUUACGUUGAGUACAGAAGCAAAGGGAUCGAUGUGCAAUGCCAGUACCGUGGUACAUUGACAUAUUUGCAUUAUGUGCAUGGAUGCGCUCUCGAAGCAAGCUUUCAUCCCGCUUUAUAUGUAAAGCAACAAUCACACAAAGUACAUGACCGAAUGAUGCAAGAUGGCUCCGUUCUACGUGGCGACCAGGAUAGUGUCAAGGCUGGCAGAGACCGGGCGGGCCGGGCGCCUCUCUAUGUUCCUCAUUGCGCCGACGCCCGACGCGUACGGGAGCGCGGCGGUGCGCUGGAUCGGCCACGGCCCGCCCCUCUGCGCCCCCAACCUCGGCCACCAGCUCCUGUGGUGCCUCGCCGCCGUCCUGCCGGACUUCGUCCACGACUGGCUCCGCAUGCGCGAGCACCUGCAGCACAGAGCGCUGGCUCAGAGAGCGUCGAGACGUCGUGCCGGCGUGCCAAUAACUGUCAAGUGAAUUCCUGGUGAUCUUGGACGACAUGCCUGUGUUCCACAAACCACACGCUCUGGUGUUCAAUUAACUGAAUUUCCGAUGAACUGAAUCAUGUAAUCGUAUUUUGCCGACAUGCAAUUAUUUGUCCACGCACUGCACCUUCACCGUUCGUUAAUUAGUUGCAUCCAACACUUACCGUUUGAUAAA